UCGCUCUCAAUCACCGUCUCUUUAAAAAAAAUUUUAGUUUUUUGAACCAUCCGUCAGAAAUCCAGCCAAACAUCACCUCUUAAAGUAUCAACGGUUCUACGAUGCGUGAAAUUGUCCAUAUCCAGGCGGGCCAGUGUGGCAACCAGAUUGGCGCGAAGUUUUGGGAGGUGAUCUCCGACGAACAUGGCAUCGACCCGACAGGCGAGUACCAUGGAGACUCCGAUCUUCAGCUGGAAAGGAUCAACGUCUACUACAACGAAGCAUCGGGACCAAAAUACGUGCCCAGAGCAAUUCUGGUAGACUUGGAGCCGGGAACAAUGGAUUCAGUGCGGUCGGGUCCAUUUGGACAGAUGUUUCGUCCGGACAAUUUUGUCUUCGGCCAAAGCGGCGCUGGAAACAAUUGGGCGAAAGGACACUAUACCGAGGGUGCAGAGCUGGUCGACUCGGUCCUGGACGUGGUGAGAAAGGAGGCCGAGAACUGCGACUGCCUUCAGGGUUUCCAGCUAACCCAUUCGCUCGGCGGCGGUACAGGAUCCGGUAUGGGGACGCUGCUGAUAUCCAAGAUCCGUGAGGAGUAUCCUGAUAGGAUAAUGACGACAUUCUCAGUGGUCCCAUCGCCCAAGGUGUCCGACACCGUCGUUGAGCCCUACAAUGCGACUCUAUCCGUCCAUCAGUUGGUCGAAAACACUGACCAGACUUACUGUAUCGACAACGAAGCGCUGUACGACAUCUGUUUCCGCACUUUGAAACUCACAACUCCGACUUACGGUGACCUGAACCACCUCGUGUCUGCAACAAUGUCUGGCGUAACGACGUGCCUCAGAUUUCCCGGACAGCUCAACGCUGAUCUACGGAAAUUGGCUGUGAACAUGGUACCAUUUCCAAGGCUCCAUUUCUUCAUGCCAGGAUUUGCGCCGCUUACAUCGCGCGGUAGUCAGCAGUACAGAUCUUUGUCGGUCCCGGAACUAACCCAGCAGAUGUUUGAUGCUAAGAAUAUGAUGGCCGCCUGCGAUCCGAGACACGGUCGGUAUUUGACUGUUGCUGCGGUUUUUCGCGGCAGGAUGUCGAUGAAGGAAGUCGACGAGCAAAUGCUGAACAUCCAGAACAAGAACAGCUCGUACUUUGUAGAAUGGAUUCCUAACAAUGUGAAGACCGCUGUGUGCGACAUUCCACCUCGUGGUCUUAAGAUGGCCGCCACUUUCAUCGGGAACUCGACCGCUAUUCAAGAACUUUUUAAACGCAUUUCUGAACAGUUCACAGCCAUGUUCCGGAGGAAAGCUUUUCUACACUGGUAUACCGGCGAGGGGAUGGACGAGAUGGAGUUCACUGAGGCUGAGUCCAACAUGAAUGAUUUGGUUUCGGAAUACCAGCAAUAUCAGGAGGCAACGAUCGAAGAAGACGGUGAAUUUGACGAGGAAGAGGAGAGCGAAGAAAAGUAGGAACCGCCCUAGCACAGACUGCGGAAUUCAAACGCCACCUCGUCGAACACCUUUUUGAGAUCAAUUUUAUAUUUUUACAUGUUUCUAUUUUUUUGUUACCAUUUUUACUUUUU